AUGCUCAUGGGGGCUUCAGCGAGCACCUUGUACACCCAGGGCGGAUCCUGGGGGCUGAAAUUCGUCCCUACAUACGAUCUCAUGGAGCAGGUUCAUACGUGCCUGGUGCCCUCGGAGAGAGACUUCUUGCUCGCUUGCCUAGACGAGAUGCACUGCCGGUGCGAUUCUCUUCUGCACGGAACAUGUGCCUUGUUCCGAGCAGAAAAGCAGGUAGCAGCCUUUCACGAGCAGGGCGCAGUGGAAGCCUUGUUGGAGAUGUUGGGCAUGUUUAAACUGGACGAGGUUUUCCUCCGACAAGCCGUGAGGACUCUCAUCCCCCUUUGCCGCCCGGACGAAGCGGUCUUGGAUCACUUCUUGGACCUGGGAGGAAGGGUAGUCCUCGACGAAACGCUCGAGAUGCACACGGAUGACCAUCACAUGUACUGCCCGGCAUGCCGCCCGCUUGUAGACUGCCCCGACCUAUUGGGACCCGCCGGCGAUCGGCUGUCAUCUGCCUCCGUUCAGCCGUGCCUUGGAAGAGGCGCCGGGAAACGACUUGUGUACAGGGGCAGCAGCGGGAACGGUCCCAUCGUCGACGAUGUGGACGACGAGGAUGAGAAUGCUGUGGACCCAACCUCCGACGACCUCGUAAGGAUACGAAGGCUGGUCGAACACAUGGAAAAGUUUCCGAAGACCCUUGACGUGGUCGAGCCUUGCGUCGACGCCCUCAUCGCCGUCGGGAAGUCUGGUGGGUAUGUGGUCGUCGCCGAGGAGGUCGGCUUCGUCGUCAAUACGGCGGUGCUGGAGAGUACGUGCUUGUUCAAGCUGGUCAAGGCCAUGAAAACCUUCGCCAACACCCGGUCCCUUCAAUGGAAGGGCCUCUUGGCCAUCAUCCACUUCGCGAAGAAGGACGAGGUGUGCUUCGACCUUGGCAAGGCGGGCGUGAUCCCGCUGCUGGUGGCGAUGUGGCCGCAAUGGGACGACGACGAGAUGCGCCAGCUCCUCCUGUGGGCCUUCAACGAGGUCGCGCGAAUAGACGAGAAACGGUGGCCGGGGGGCGCGGGCAAGCUGCGCAUGUCGGUGGAACGGGUCGGCACCUUGCUCCGAGAAGCGAUGGAGCCGGCCCCGGCGCGCCUUGCCGUGACGGGAGCAAUGGUCACCGCGGAGCAGGCCGGGCACUACUGCGUUCCCAUCAAGCUGAAGCGGCUCUACCGGGAGCGGAAACUCGGCAGCCCCUUCGCCAAGGGAGACGAGGAAGCGAAGAGGGAGAACGAGAAAAACGUCGCUGCUCUCGCCAGACCUCUAACCAAGGCACAGUUUGGCAAGGCCGGCGAUGGUUGGAAAGAAGGCGAAGAUGGGCUGCUAUAA